CCUCCCGGUGUCCCUGCCGUCAUCCCCCUGCCUGACCGUCAGCGGUCGGAUUAUUCGCUUUUCGCAGCGCGUACGUCCCUUGCUUCGACCAGCGCAUACCGACGCCAGUUGAAGGUUCCAACGUUCUCGAAUCCAAGAAAAUCAAACCGAUCGCUAUGGCCGAGGAAUAUCUUUACGGAGUUACGUUAGACAGUGCCAAGACCAGUGAGGUAUGGGACCACGAGCCAAAAAAUGACGAAUCCGACAGCAAUCAACACUUCGGUGUUGAGCAGAAGCUUAUCAUUAAAAUGGCACUUUUGGGUCCAGAAGCCAAACCUGGUGAGCUGAAUGUACUUCAAGUAGAAGCUAUGGGGCUGAAAGGACCAAUUAAAAUUCCUAUUGCCCUGUUAGAAAUGGGAAAAACAUCACAAAUUAUACUUGACUUAAGUUUUCCCGACCCACCAGUAACAUUUACGCUUAUUAAAGGAAGUGGUCCAGUUCAUAUAGUUGGACACAAUCUCCUUGCUACGCACAUAGAAGAAUUUGAAGAUAUGGAAGAUGAUGAAGUCGAAGUAGAUAAUUUAGACGAUGAGGAUGAUGAAAAGGAUGCGGAGGAUGAAGAUGAAGAGGAUGAUGAACCUAAAAAAAAAAAAAAUAAGGUAGGAGGAGCGCCAAAAAAUAAAAACCAAGUCAACAAAAACCAGAACCAAAAUCAAAAUCAGAAAAAAAAUAAAUCUUGGCAUUGAAUAGCGACAAAAAAUACACAAGACGAUUUGUAGGUUAGGCUAACUGUAAGUUCAUUAUCAUCAGCAUUUUGCGAAAUCAGUAUCAUUUUAUCAUUACUUUUUGUAGAUGGUCUCUCAAUAAUGAGGAUUGAUACUGGAUCAUUAUUGUAUAUGUCGAGACAAGUAUGAUUCUGAAGCCAGUAACAUAUUUGUCUAAAAAUUUUAUUUUAAAAUGUACAUCCAGAUACACUAUUGUAUUUUAAUGUUUAAAGUGCUUAUGAAAUCUAUUUUAAUCCCUUUUUCUUAUUGAAAUAAGAAUCUUACUUGACGAAUUAGCUGCUAGUUUCAGAGUCAUUUAGCAAGAUUUACUUUGAAUACUUUGAGCGUUUAUAUUAAAAUAUGAUGUUUUUGUUACAAUGUGUAUGAUUUUGUAUGCAUUAAAUUUUAUGACCUAGAGAGGGUGACAUAUUUUUUUUUAAGUAUGAGCUUUUCAUCCUUAGA